AGUAUGGAUUUCGUGUUCGAAUCGGAAAGGAACCUCCAACAAGUCUCUUCCCCGAUACUAAACCCUUAAUUUAUAUAUUGUGUAUAUAUAUAUACCAUUCGUUGCCUCCAAUAAUUCUGUCCUUCUCUGUUUGAUUUUGACCCUCUCUCUUCUUUUCCCAGUCCUCAACCAAUCAAUUCAUCAAUCCCCAAAACCAUAAUCGAUUCCCCUUUCGUGUUUGAGAACAAUCGCAGUGGGAGUUUCGCCAUGGACAAAAACUCGUUCAAGCUUGACCAUUCUCUGGAAAGGAGACAAGCAGAAGCUGGUCGUAUCAGGGAGAAGUAUCCUGACAGAAUACCGGUGAUUGUGGAGAAGGCUGCAAAGAGCAACAUUCCCGACAUUGACAAGAAAAAAUACCUUGUCCCGGCUGAUCUGAGUGUUGGACAGUUUGUUUAUGUUGUCCGGAAGAGGAUCAAGCUCGAGGCAGAAAAGGCUAUAUUCGUCUUUGUCAAGAAUACUCUCCCUCCAACUGCUGCCGUGAUGUCUACCAUUUAUGAGGAAAACAAGGAUGAAGAUGGAUUUCUUUACUUGACCUACAGUGGAGAGAAUGUCUUUGGUUCCUUUUAAAGCAAGACUGUAAAUAGAACUUAGCAAAUGUAAAUUAUUGGCAUUAACAUGAUGAUGGAACUAAUUAUUAUUUUAUUUUAUUGAAUUUCUAGGGAUUAUAA